AUGAAGAGAUGCUAUUCCAAUGCAAGCUGUCUCUCUUCCUUCAUCCAGUCAACCCCACGUCCUGAAGAUGCUGUCUCCUCCAGCCUUCCCAGUGAUUCUGUCUCACUUCAGGCCCCAUCACUGCUCAUAAUGACACCCACUUCCCUCUGCUUCACAGUCUAUAGUCUUCCAGAAGUCUGUGGCUUUCCACAGCCAGAAACCCAACUCUUUAAGCCCAGAGGCUUGCAGAAAGAUCUAGAGAGGGAAAAGGGUCAUAAGGCACUUGCUGGGGGAGAAAUAGUACCUGGUGCCUAUUCUGGGACUCCCCAUGAGUUACAAACCUCAUAG